CUUUCUGUAUUUGAUUGAUAUGGUCAGAACAAAAAACAGAAAGAAAGAACAAGAGAGAUUCGCAUUCCAUUUUUCGGUGGUUGCAGGUCAAAAUUUGUUUCUUCUUCGAUUAGGAAACUCAGUCACAGCGCGUUGAUCUUUGCGAUUGCUCUAUGAAGAAAGAGUGUAUAUAUUUACAGGAUCUUCACCGCUAUUCACCACCAUCUUCUAAAACCUUCCAACUCCUUAGAGUUUUCUUCUUCCUGAAGCUUCGUUUUAGAGUGUUACAGAUAAGAUGCAGAGACCUAACUCUUCCUCUUCUUCUUCUUUGAAUCCUUCUCCCAUCCGCUUCCCAGUUCCCUUCACCGGAAAUAGAGUCGGAACUCCUCCUCCUCCUCCCAUUCCACCGACCUUUCAGCCCAAACACUCCUUUCCGGCGGCGGCCGUGGAGGACAGAACCGGCGCCGUGUUCAGCCCUUCUCUGCCUCCGUCGCCCUUCACCAUGUAUCACUCUCCUUCAAGGGUGGUGGCAGGCGGCAGCGGGAAUCUACCGCCGAGAAACUCUCAUAGGCGUUCCAAUAGCGAUCAUACAUUUGUGUUUAGCUCCAUGUCGCCUCCGUUGAUCCCUUCCAAGUCUUUGGAAAGAUCAGUCUCGAGCUGCGGGGAGGCUUCAGAUUGGUCUAAGUUGGUCAAGGAGGAAGAGCGUAGAACGUUUUCAGAGGGCUACGACGAUGCUUUAAGGGCGUAUAUGAGACUUGAUAAACUUGAUGCGGAGAGAAGUAGAGGGAGGACGAGGAAGAUGACGAACGGUGGAAGCACCAGUGGUGACUCUGAAGGUGAGAGCAACGUGAAGAGGAGAGCCGGCGGAGACAUUGCUCCCACCAGUGGACACUACCGGAGUGUUUCCCUGGACAGUUGCUGUUUCCGUGAAGAUGAUUAUAGUGUCCGAUUUGGAAAGUAUGAGUUUAGUGCAGGUGACAUGAAGAAGAUCGCGGCAGAUGAGACACUUGCUGGGAUUGUUAUGGCUGACCCUAAGCGUGUUAAAAGGAUGUUGGCGAACCGCGCGUCUGCUGCACGUUCAAAGGAGCGGGAGACGCAAUACAUAGCGAAGUUAGAACACAAGGUGCAGACUCUUCAGAUUGAGACCACUACUUUAUCAGCUCACCUCACUUAUUUGCAGAGAGAUAAUAUGGGGUUGCAGAACCAGAACAAUGAGCUCAAGUUUCGUCUUCAAUCUAUGGAGCAACAGACACAACUCCGCAAUGCUCUGUCUGAGAAACUGACUGAAGAAUUCCAGCGAUUGAGUCUGGUGAUUGGUGUGCCGAACCGCAGCGAAUCCAACAUAUCAAACGCGUCACUAACUCCGGAGAUGUUUCAGCAGCAGCUUAGGAUUAGCCAGUUACAACAUCAGCAUUACAAUGAAUAGUCUAACCAACUGAUGUGAUCCGCAGUUUCUUCAUAUAUGAUAAACUAUCUUUAUAUGUGGAGAGUCUGUUUCUUUUUUCUUUCGAAUAUUUAUACAAAACAUUAUAAUGAGUAUGCCCGGCAAUUUUGAUCAUAUAUCCUGAAACAUUUACAUAUAUACAUAUGGUGAUAAAAUGAAGGCUCCUCCUUUUGGACAGAGUGAUCUUCUGUCGUUUUGGUCAUACUGCAGUUUGGAUUUGAACUAUUCAUUUAAAACAUCGUCUUCUCUCAAACAAUUUGGCUUUCCCUUUUUAAUGUGUUUAACAACAUAAUCAAAGGUGUUUGAAAUCGUAACUCUUUUGGUUAUGAUGAACUAACAGCAAACCUUUAUAUUUUCUUUGAAAGAUUAUCUAAAUUGUUAUUGAUACCUAAGCCAACACUACACUCAUACAUGGGUAAAGUUUCUUUGAAUUAAUUUUUGUCUACUGGUUCCUAACCCACACUUCUACCGAAUUAGGUAAACGGAACUCAAAAGACUCAUGAUAAUAUUCUUUAUAUCCUCCUCUGCCAUCACUGACUCUUUUCCUAUUGGUAAUGUAUUUGUAUGUUUAAACGAAAAAAAAAAUAAAGGAAACUCGUAACUUAUGUAAUGUGAGAAAACUAGUGAAUGGAUCCAGCUCCAAGGUUGUAAUCAAAUAUCUUCCAUCUCAUAGAAAACAAAGGGAAGACAAGGGUCUAUGUACAAUACGUGAAACUAAAGAAUUAAACAUCCUCAGGGUUGUGAUCUUACACACGCCACCACAUAAACAACAACAAAAUAUAAGAACCAAUAAGAACCAGAAACUUCCUACUAUUACUGAAGUUGGAGGUUGUGAUUACCUAUUAGAUGAUGAACUAACAUCAAAGUUUUAUAGCAUUUCCAAUGUAUUUUUUUUAAACAGAGUAACUCCAUAACAAAAUUGGAUUUGACUCUAACCCUAAGCCAUUUCGGAAUAAAAAAUUAAGUAGGUUGGAGCAUUUCUUACACUGAAGUGGAAAAUGAAGUGAGGUUAGAGAUGAUUUUUUUUUUUUGAAAUAUUAUUAAAUUGCUGGUGAUACCUAAGCUAACACAUUCAUUCGUAUCUAAAGUUUCUUGAAUUAUUUUUUUUCUUUAUAGAGUUUCAUCUAGAGUGUUAUGUUUUAAUUGGGUUUCGAACUAGAUUUGAGAUAUCUAAUUUUUUAUUAUAUGUGAUCCGCUCCAUUUCAAUUAAAUACUUAGAUUUGUGAUAUGUUUGGAUUUGAAAAUUAUAAGUAUUCAGAUAUAUAGAUAUUCAAAUUUUUUUGAAUAUUCACAGAUUAUUUGAUUCGAUCGGUUAAUUAUAUAAAAAUAAAAAAUAAAUAUAAUACAUAUAACAUGAUUUUUUUAAUAAGCACAACAUCAUAAUAAAUAAUAAAUAUAUAUAAAGUAGAACAUUCUCUUCUCAUGAUGAUAUGAUACCUCAUCAAGAGGCUUGCUAAAAAUUUGAAACCUACUCAUUUUAACUACUUCACAUGUUCUCGUCUUUAUUAUUUAGACCAAAUUUAUUAACAAAAUAGAUUUUUAAAAACAAGUAAAGAAAAUUAAGAAUAACAAAAUUAAAGAAAUUUGUUUAUGAUAUUUAUUUUCCACUUUUCACCAAACCCACAACAACAAAAAUCCGAAAAGCGAGUCAUAUAGAUUUUCCCAUCGCUUUGAAAACCUAAUAAGUAACAAAAUGAUAAAAGCAUAAUCAAAGAUUACUACAUAACUAUAACUAAGACAAUUGUUUUAUUUAUUUAUUUUUUAAAAAGAAAAAAAUAUAUAAUAAAAAUACAUAAUAUAAUCUAAAAUACAUAAAUUUUAAGAAUGAAUAGGAAAAAUUCAUAAAGUUCCAACCA